AUGGGAUCCGUCCUGAGUUGCAUUUGUCCAGAGAAGGCCGAUGAUGAAGGCCGGGUCAACGCAGUCGUUGGAAGCAACGCUACAUGGAGGAUAUUCACUUACAAAGAGUUGCAUGCAGCAACUAACGGAUUCAGCGACGAGAAGAAGCUUGGCGAAGGGGGGUUUGGAAGUGUUUAUUUGGGAAAAACCUCCGAUGGUCUUCAGAUAGCUGUGAAAAAAUUGAAGGCAAUGAGUUCUAAAGCGGAGAUGGAAUUUGCAGUGGAAGUGGAAGUUCUUGGAAGGGUUCGGCACAAGAAUUUGUUGGGUCUCAGGGGAUACUGCGCUGGGACUGAUCAACGGCUCAUAGUCUAUGACUACAUGCCGAACCUCAGCUUGCUAUCUCAUUUGCACGGCCUACUUGCUGGCCAAGUACUACUGGACUGGAAGAGGAGAAUGAAGAUUGCAAUGGGCUCUGCAGAAGGCCUAAUGUAUUUGCACCAUGAAGUAACACCCCACAUUAUUCAUCGAGACAUAAAGGCAAGUAAUGUGCUUUUGGACUCGGAUUUUGAACCAUUAGUGGCUGAUUUUGGAUUUGCGAAGCUUAUUCCAGAGGGUGUUAGCCAUAUGACUACCCGUGUUAAGGGCACUUUGGGAUACCUAGCACCCGAAUAUGCCAUGUGGGGAAAGGUUUCCGAGAGCUGUGAUGUGUACAGUUUUGGAAUUCUUCUGUUGGAGAUCGUCACCGGAAGAAAACCCAUUGAAAAGCUCCGGGGAGGAACUAAGAGGACAAUAACAGAAUGGGCCGAGCCGCUCAUAACCAAGGGAAGGUUUAAGGAUCUUGUUGAUCCGAAACUUAGGGGGAACUUCGACGAAAACCAACUUAAACAAGCCAUCACUGUUGCUGCCCUGUGUGUGCAAAGUGAGCCUGAAAAGAGACCCAACAUGAACGAAGUGGUUAGCCUUCUGAAAGGGUGUGAGCCAAAAGUAAAGGUUAUGCCUAUGAGAAUUUCAAGUAUCAAAUACAGGGAAGAAUUGCUAGCACUUGAUCAACCUAGUGAUGAUGAGGGUGGUGGUCCCGAUGACUACGGGGUUUUUAGUGCUUUGGACGGCGGUCCUUAUCAGAACUAUGGAGACGACGGGAGAUUGACCAGAAACGCGUAAGAGUUUGCACACAUUUUGCCCAUGGCAGGCGAUCGAAAAA